CAGGCAAAAGCCGCUGUCUGCCUGGAACACUUCAACAAAUGGAGAGAGAAAACCACCGGAGCUUAUCUUAGUCAGCCUGACGGGAUGGGUGAUGAGGCCUAGCAUUGGUUGCCAGGGAAACCAGACGCGCCCCCGCCGCCAUCAGCUCCCAUUUUUUCACCGGUGGGAUUCAGGCUAGCCCGCUGGCGGCGGAGGCCUCAGACGCGCGAAUCCUGACCCGGACAUACAGGGUGUUCUGUAUUACUGGUAUCUGUCAAAGAAUUAUGUAAAAGGUGCUGGAACAAUGACCACUGUGCGGCAGAGGAAGAGAAAUAAUGCAUCUGAACAGAGUCACAACAGCAACCAUACUAUCAAAACCUCCAAGCCAAAUGUAAAAGGUACAACUGGCCGCUCAUCAUGGAGCGCCCUGUGUUACACCGUAGGAGGCUCGCUGGCUUUGUGCCUGGGUCUGGUCACUUCGUAUUAUGUCGCCACCCUCCAUGAGAAUGACUUGUGGUUCUCCAGUAUUAAGGACGUGGAGAGAGAAAUCUCCUUCAGGACGGAGUGCGGUCUGUAUUAUUCAUAUUAUAAGCAGAUGCUUCACUCCCCGUCCAUCACACAAGGUGUCACCGACCUGAUCUAUGACAAUAAAACGGAGUCAAUGAGAACCAUUAAUAUUCUGCAAAGAAUGAAUGUAUACCAGGAGGUUCUCCUCGCAGUGAUCUACCAGGCCCUUAACUUGUGGAGUCACCUGGAGCCGGUGUACUUCUACAUUUACACACUCUUCGGCCUUCAGGCGGUGUACGUGGCGGCUCUGUACAUUAACAGCUGGCUGCUCAGCGGGACGUGGCUUUCUGGAUCAUUAGCAGCUUUAUGGUACAUUGUUAACAGAAGUGACACCACCCGGGUUGAGUUUACCAUUCCUCUUAGAGAAAACUGGGCUCUCCCGUUCUUUGCCGUUCAGAUUGCAGGAAUAUCCUAUUUCCUCCGCCCUGGGCUCACAUCAUUAAAAACUAGACUGUCCCUUCUUGUAGUGUUCAUCUCGACGUUCUUCUUCAGUCUUACCUGGCAGUUCAACCAGUUUGUUCUCCUCAUACAAGGUCUCGCUCUCUUCGCUUUGGACUGUCUGGACUUGAUACCCACCAACAAGGUAAGGAGUCUGUACAUGAUCCAAGCUGCAAGCCUGGUCCUGGUGUGUGUUCUGCAGUUCUUCAACACCAUGAUUCUAGGGUCUCUGCUCCUCAGCUUCAUCUUGGCAGUGGUUAUAGCCCAAAAGAUACAGAAAAAUCUUAAAAGUGGUCGUCUUCACAGAAGGAUCUGGAGCCUGUGUGUUCACGUAGCGAUCGUCCUGUGUCUCACUGCGGUGAUCAAUGUGUUGGUGAAGAAAGCUCUCAACCUGCAGUCGGAUGAACAUAUCUUCAAGUUCAUACAGGCAAAGAUGGGCUUUAAACUGAGAGACUUCGAUGCCAAACUUUACCUUUGUGAGGAACCAUUCCAGCUACUGCCACUGGACACAUUUGGGAGACUGUCGGACUCUUUUCUACUCUACCCCUAUGUUAUCAUUCUCUUCUUCUUAAUCAUCGUGACCGCCAUCACUGUGUUCUACAACCUCAGUAAUCCAUCAACUUCUAAAAAGAUGAAUCAGCAAGAACAGAAGACGUGCUUAGUAAGAGCAGACGUUGCCUACAACCUGAUGCACAGCAUUCUGUUCGGGGGCCUGGCCAUCAGCACUAUGAGAAUGAAAUACCUCUGGACUUCCCACAUGUGCGUGCUUGCUUCCUUUGGCCUUGCCAGUAUGGAGAUUUGGGGAGCUGCACUGAGACUGCUGCGCCUGCACACACCACAGAGGACUAGUGCUCUCCGAUAUUCUGCAUCUAUACUGGUGGUUGUUGCUGUGGUAUACAAGUUCUGGCCCCGGAUCGCUGAGGAGAUCUCCGAGCUGCGGGAAUUCUAUGACCCGGACACCGUGCAGCUAAUGAACUGGAUCAAGUCAAAUACCCCAAAUAAUGCAGUGUUUGCUGGAAGCAUGCAGCUACUGGCAGGGGUGAAACUGUGUACGGGGAGAAUACUGACCAAUCACCCCCAUUAUGAAGACAAGGUCCUCAGGGAUAGGACAAAACAGGUGUACCAGGUAUAUGCAAAGAGGUCCCCAGAAGACGUCCAUAGCAUUCUGAGGUCGUUUGGGACAGACUAUGUGAUACUAGAAGACAGCAUAUGUUAUGAAAGAAGACACGGCCGAGGUUGUCGUCUGCGAGAUCUGCUGGAUAUUAAUAAUGGACACAUCAUGGAUGGUCCUGGAUACAACGACCCGGAUUUGAAGCCUUCACCGUCACCGCGUUUCUGUGACGAAUUAAAGCGAGAUUCGCCUUCCUACACAAAAUAUUUCACCAGGGUCUUCAAGAACAAAACUUUCCAUGUUUACAGAUUAUCUCGGAAAGUGGUGAAGUAGUAGAACUGCGCUGCAGAAGGUGGAGGGCUCCUCGGUGUGCAGUCCGCCCGGCCAGGUCUAGCCUGUUUUAUUGUGUUUUUACUAGCAUAGUGUUUGAACUGGAAGUGAGGGGAAUUAUGAACCACAGCGGACUGUGAGACCUAAUCUUGGGCAACACUGUCCACUCUUUCCACUGGAUUCUGCCGUUUUUGCCCCCUUUUUGUUUUUUUAACAGACUGGGGGUCAGCUGUUACAAAACUACAAUCCAACUGUGACCAUUCAUAGUAUUAUGUGCCAAAUACUUCAAUAUCAUGAGUUGUCGUGGCAAACGAGGGACCAGCAUUUCUCAAAUGAUGGGACUUUGGCCAUUGAUCAAGUUUUUUCUAUUUUUAUUUUAUUUUUUGUCAUUUUUAGUGAUUUUGUGUAUCGUUCAGAUCCUGCUUAUGAAUUCAAGGACUCUUGGUUUUAUUACAGUCUAGCUAGAAAAUAAUUGUAGACGGUUGUGAACAGCCAGCACCAGAUUCCUGUUGAUUCUUCUUGGGACUAAGGCAAGGGCUACAAGGCGACACUGGUCACGUGACACCUGUCGCAGCCACGGAUUGCUGAGUAGCGGUGAUCCCAUAGAAAUGCAUGGGAUCGCCGCAGCAGUCGGAUGAAAUCCAACCCGGCUGGAUUUCUUGCGACUGCCGCGGCGAUCCCAUUCAUUUCUAUGGGAUCAACGCUACUCUCAGCGAUCCCAGCCGCGACAGGUGUAGCCCUUGCCUAAGACUCCCCUUCGGAGAUGUUGUCGUAGCCGGUGAUGUUUUGUAUAUUGAUAUGGACUUAUUAAACCGUCAAGUGAUUGGACAGAAGUGGUGGCACAUUCAGCGGAAACAUAGUCUACCUGGUCAGAUCUAAGAUCUUCUCCAUAAGGGUCAGUAUUAUAUAUUAUUGGUGCUAAGGGUACCUGCACAUGGGUGCCUGUUGACAAACAGAAAUUCCGCACGGAUUUCUCAGCGUUUUCUGCGCCAAAAUCUGCAUGUGUUACUUUGCAGAUUUGCAGCUGUUCUAAAGGAUGAAAUUCGCUCAAGCAGUUGACAUGCUGCCGAC